AUGGUCCCUCGAUUUCGAGUCAAAAAACUCUCACCGAAGUACCCACUCCCAGUUUAUAAAGAGUCUCAGCUUCCUGAGCUUGCCGACAGUUCUAUUAUUCAAAGAGCUGUACCACAAAUAGAAACAGGUGUUGAAAAAGAAGAGGAAGAAGAGCAUGAUUUGCAAGCUGCUAUCAGUGCUGCUCAGGCUGCUGUUACUACAGGUGCUAAUGUUAAGAACUAUAUCCCUACACCUGAUGCCUCAAGGCUUAUUCCUACAGAAGAUUACAAUAACUUAUAUAAAAAGCAAUAUAAGGAAUCGUCGUCAUUGCUACGUUUCUCUUUGACAGUAGAGGAUUCUAUGGGUUGCUCCUACUUUUUGGAUGAAAAGGAUGAGAAUUUUCUACAUGAAUACAAUACACGAUACCCAGGCGAAAUACUCUCAGAAAAUAUGUUUGAGAAAUUUAUGUGGGAGUGCGAAUCUAUCACCAACCAACAAUGGCCUCAUCUUUACCUUGAUGCUUCUCAUAUACCCGACUAUAAAACUUUUUGUGAGUAUAUACCUGAUCAUUCCUGUUUGAAGUCAUUUCGAAAUCUAUCCGAUAUUUUUGAACAUUGGAGAACAAGACGGCAAGAACGAGGUGGAAAGCAGAUCCAACCACAACUGAAUUCCGAGGAAGCCUCGAAAAAUGAAAUGAAUCCUUACGUCUGUUUCCGUCGUCGUGAAACAAAGCCUGUCCGUAAGACAAGAAGAUCUGAUCAACAAUCGCUGGAACGUUUGAGGAAGCUUCGUACAGAAAUGGAAAUGGCCCGUGGUUUGCUAGAAAUGGUUUUGAAGAGAGAGAAGUACCGUAAAGAGAGUCUUUCAUUAGAACAUGCCGUCUUUAAUAAGAGGCACGUAAUUAUGGAUUACCAGCGUCGCUUGGGUAUCAAAGAGGACGAAGAUUUGCUUGCUUUGGCAAGGAAGAAACGUAAGAGUACAACAACUGAGAGCUCCACAAGUGCUACAAUUAAAAUUCCUUUACAUAAACUCAAAAAAAGAGUUGACAAAUCGCCUGCUCAGCAAGCUAUUGAGGCCGAACUUGUACGUAAAAAGGAGAUGGAUGAACCUUAUGUUGAUGUCACCGAGUACCCUUAUCACCCAUUACCUUUGCCAUUACCCGACCAUUUCUUCCGACCAUUGCGCACCUUAUCGUCAUCAAUGAGUGACAAUGAAGACGAAGAAAGGCCGAGGUAUCGAAAGAGAGUGGGUAGAUGUGGACGUGUAUUUAUUGAUCGCAUGGGAUUUAAACCCUUUGGCCAUGGCGGGAAAACAAAGCCAUCGCAAAAAUCACCAGCACCUACAUAUGAUCGCUACCGUUUUGAUACUGACUGUAAUAAAGAGAAUGAAUAUUCCGCAACUUGCAGCUUUGAAGUAGACGAGAUGGAUAAUGUUUACUUGAAGGAGCGCAUACAACUAUUAUCUGAGGUUGAACUACGCAAAUUGCUUACCAUCCCUUCCGUAUCCGCACCAAGUAUCUUUAGCAGCAAACAGGUGCGUUUAAGUACGGCUACAUUUGCUGCUAAGGAUAAUCGUUCGGCUGCUAUCAAACUGCAUCAACCAGUAACAAAUUCAUCUUCAUCCAUUCCUUUGCACGCUUAUACUUCUCGUUUAUCAACAGAUCAAGAUGGGUCGGCUUCAGUCACGAAUCAUACUUUUUCUAACUAUCCAUCUCCUCCUGCUCCUUCCGCUUCGACAACUUCUAAUAGUAUCAAUGCCAUGGAGACUAUGGGUGAUAAGCAUCAACAACGAAUGGGUUGUCUGUCCGUAAAGACGACUCAACAACAGCACGCCGUGAUGAAGAUGCCCACAAAUGAUAUUAUAGCUGCAAACAAGGCUUAUGCUAUGCAAAUGGCAGCAGCUGUAGUUCGGCAGCAGCAGCAACAACAACAACAACAACAACUUAACGCUGUGAAUAAUAAGCUCAAGCAUAAUAUACCACCGGUGCCCCUUCAUCAUUAA